CGAGAAGUACUGCUCCGGGAUGCAGAUCAGGCUCGGAUCCCAGAGUGGCAACCGGCCACCAAAGAGCGGCCACCACGUGGUUUGGGAAAAGGUGCCGGGAGAAAUAAGCAUUUCGGGACCCCUGCCCAGAGCGACCUCUGUACAACAGGAUCCCUUCCCAGAAUUUCUGAAAGAGGAAUGGUUUUCUGACCAAAGCUCUUUGCUAAGAGAAAUGAAUGAUGCAGUAGUGGCUCUGAGCAAAGAGCUGAAGCUGCAAGGCCCAGCUGACCCCGUCCCAGCGGGAGACGUUUCCCUUCGUCCGUGGGAGGAUACUACCAUGCACGGCACAGCCCCCGGGGCCCUGCAGGAGACCCUUGCCAGCCUCAGCAGUCAAGAGACAUUGCAAGGAGACCUCCUGCAAGAGGGACCAGCUCAAGCCGCUCUCGGUGCUCAGGAUGUGACACCGGCCGGUGCGUCUGAGAGCGCCGGGCACCGCACGGCUCAGGAGCGGGGUGGAGAGCAGGGAGAGAGCCCCAAGGGAGCAGGGCAGGGCCAGGAGGACACUCAGAGCAUAUUUUUUGUGCAGGGACAGGGCACUGCUACAGAGGAGCAGACGCUGGAAGAGUCUGAGGAUUUGCAAGGAGCACAGGGAGAAAGCACAGAGGCAGGAGCGCAGGUGUUGACAGAGGUAGAGGAAGCAGGAUUAACGCAGGAAAAAACAGGCUGGGAAGCCACGCGGCCCCCAGGAGAUGCUGAGAAAGCAGUGUUAACCCAAGGAGAAAAUUUGGAUGCAGAUCUGAGGCCAGCUGAGCCUCAGGAGCUAGAACUAGCGCUGGGAGGGUGUUUCACCGCAGGCGUGCUUCGCUGGGCUGCAGCGCAGGAAGAGCGCGUGCAGCCUCUGAGCAAAGGCGCAGAGCUAGGGGAGGAGGCUGACUCGUGCAUGUUGCGCUCUGAGAAACUCGAACUAAAACUGGGAGAGCACCUUGAUCCAGAGGUGCAGUGCCUGGGAGAGGCUGGGAGACCAGGAGCAGUGCCAGGAGAAAGCCCAAGUACUGAUUUGCAGCUGCUGGCUGCAGGACAAGACGUGGAAGCAGAGCAGGCAGGGAGCGGAGAUGCAGAUGGGCUGGAGGUGGCCCAGACCCUCCAACUAGCACCCACCGAGGGCCAGAGCGUUGGCCUAGCUGCGUGGCCCUCCGAGGCUCAGUCACCGGGAGCAACGCAGGGACACGUCCUGGAUGCAGGUAUGCCUCUCACCCAAGCUCAGAUGCCAGAGGCAAAGCAAGGGGAGAGCAACGAUGCAGCCUGCCAGCACGAAGCUGAGGAAGGAGAGGUAACCCAGAGCGUGGAGGCAGAGCUGCAGCCCGGCGCUGAGGCUGCGGUGGGAGAUGCAGCGCCAGGAGGGAGAGGCGAUGCCGGGCUGCAGCCUGGGGAUGAAGGAGAGCAGCUAGACGUGGUGCAGGGAGGGAGCGCCGGUCCGGCUGUGCAGCCACCUGAGGAGGCUGAGCCACUUGACGUGAUGCAGGAGGAGGAAGCUGGGGCAGAUGUGCAACCAGUGGAGGAGGCCAAAAGCGCAGGGGGCCUGCAGGGGCAGAGCAGCGAUGCAAACGUGCAGUCCCUUGCAGAGGCCGAGGAGCUCGCGUUCACCCCGGGCGAGGGCACGGAGGCAGAGCUGCAGCCCCCGAGUGAGGCUGCGGUGGGAGGGAGAGGCGAUGCCGGGCUGCAGCCUGGGGAUGAAGGAGAGCAGCUAGACGUGGUGCAGGGAGGGAGCGCCGGUCCGGCUCUGCAGCCACCUGAGGAGGCUGAGCCACUUGACGUGAUGCAGGAGGAGGAAGCUGGGGCAGAUGUGCAACCAGUGGAGGAGGCCAAAAGCGCAGGGGGCCUGCAGGGGCAGAGCAGCGAUGCAAACGUGCAGUCCCUUGCAGAGGCCGAGGAGCUCGCGUUCACCCCGGGCGAGGGCACGGAGGCAGAGCUGCAGCCCCCAAGUGAGGCUGGCUCUCCAGUUCUUUAUAGGUUGGGAGUCAGGCCAGGAGAGGGGGAUGCUGCAGGUGUGCAGCCACCCAAGGUGGAUGAAAGCCUAGGAGCCUGGGAGGCUCUGAGCCCUGAUGUGAAGGUGCUGCCGCUCAUAGUAGUUGAGGAGCCCAAAUUCACCCUGAGCGAGAGCGUGGUGGCAGAUCUGGGACCCUUGGGUACAGCUCAGACAUGGGAAGGGAUGCCAGGACAGAUCCUUGCUUUGGAGGCACACGCAUUUCCCCAGGGAGACUUGACAGACGGGGCGGCCCAUGCAGAAGUGCAGCCCCUGGCUGGGGCUGCAACACAAGGUGCUCAGCCCCAUGACCAAGCCAUUGCCAACACUGAGACUCCUGAUCUGGAAGUAAUGCUGGGAGCGUUCGCUGGCGCAGAUGGCCAGAUCCUGGAGGAAACCCAGAUAUUAGAGAUAACCCAGGGAGAGAGGGUUGAUGCAUGUGCACAAGCUGCGGAGGGGGCUCAGAAGCUAAAAGUCGUUCAGACUGAGAAGAUUCAUCCAGAAUUUUUGCCCCAAGCUCCAGGGGCUUUGAAUGGGGAAAAAACACAGGGGAAAAGUGCUGAUUUAGAAAUAUAUUCACUGGAAACUCCUAAAGCAGAAGUAAUGCAGGGGGACAAGACUAGUGCAGAUGUGCAAGAGGAGCCUAAGGAAAUGAUGCUAGGGGAGAGCACCGGUCCCGCUCUAUACUCAUUCAAGAUCCACGGAGUGGAAAUGCUGCAGGGAGAGAGGACUAACGCAGAGGUGAGGCCUCUGGAUGAAGUCCAGGAUCUAGAAGUGGUGCAGGGAGCAAGCCUUGAGGCAGAUGUGAGGUUUUUCACCCAAACUGAGGGUUUACAACUAAAGCAGGGCUGCAAUGCUGGUGCAGCCAUGGUGGCCUCAUCCAUUUCAGAGGUGCCGUUACCAAUCAGGGGGCAAAAGCAUGAAACACUGACACAAGAGGAUGUUCUCGUUCCAGAUCUGCAACGGCUAGGCAUUUUGGGACAAGAACAGGUCUCAACACAGGCAGAUAAGGUGAGGCCAGAUGUUGCUCCUGAGCAGCUGCUGCCGAAGGAGAAGCCACUGCGGGUGAUGGAAUCGGAGCAGAUAGCUGCCGAACACCCUGAGCUUCCAAAGGAGAAGGUGCCACCGGCGUCUACCCUUUGUGCAAGGGUCCGACGUGAGGAGCACAUGGGGAGUGAUCCGGUGGGGGCAUUCCUCGGAGACAGCCUGCUGAGUGACGUAGCCAACAGCAGGACGCAGCCUCUAACGCGGCUCUCAGGAGAACCAGGAAAUGGUCUGGAUGUUGGUCAACGGGAUGGGAAGCAAGACGUCAGGCUGCAAACGAGUCAGGAAGUAAAGCCCAGCCCAGAAGAUCCAGGGGCUGUGAUGGCUGAUGGGGCAAGAAGUUCCGCAGGAGUCACUCCUGAAACCUGGCCUGAUCCAGACCACCUCUACAACGUGCUGUUCGUCGGGGACUCCCACGUGGGCAAGACGUCAUUCCUGUACCGGUUACAUGCCAACUCCUUCAACCCGCACCUCACCGCUACAGUAGGACUGGAUUACCAGAUCAAAAAUCUUAUCGUGGACAACAAACUCUUUGCUCUCCGCCUGUGGGACUCAGCUGGGCAAGAAAGGUACCACAGCAUCACCAAGCAGUUUUUCCGGAAGGCAGACGGCGUCGUGCUGAUGUAUGAUAUCACAUCGGAAUAUUCCUUCGCGGACGUGCGCUACUGGCUGAGCUGUAUCCAGGAAGGAGCAGAAGACGGAAUCGCUAUUCUGCUCCUGGGGAACAAAACCGACUGCGCUGCAGAGAGACAGGUCCCUACGAAGGAAGGGGAGCGCUUGGCUCAGGAGCAUCAGCUCACAUUUUAUGAAUGCAGUGCUGCCUCGGGCCACAACGUCUCUGAGUCCAUGGUCAGCUUAAUCAGGUUACUCAAAAUCCGUGACGAUCAGCUGAAAAGCAAGGUAGAAGAGGAACCAAAGCCAACUCAGAAGAAAAAGGGCUGCUGCUGAUGACAGCUCGACUCCUUGUUGUGAUCUGAAACUGCAGCGAUGGCCAGAAAAGCAUAAAAAUAGCCCUCAGACACCAGCUCUGCUCCCCGCAUGUCUGACUUGCCUGCUCGCUCUCCGCUGCUCAGAGCAAAAUCCGUCGGGAAGGAGCAGUCUGUCGUCCGUCUCCUUCCCUUGUAAUCUGCUUCUAGUACCCUCCAGCCCCAAGCGCCCCAAAAUACUUGUCGGGAAACUUUACCACUUGGAUUUGGAGACUAAAACCCAGCCAGUGCGUAAACCAAGAGGAUUUUAGGACCGUUUGCGCUACUGCGCGGCAGUGAAUUUCUCUCUAGCUUUACAAUCUGCUAGCGUUUGAUUUGGAACAACAAAAUACGCGGCAUAUCCUAAAAGCGCUCUGCAAGGCUGCUCAAUUAGGCAAGGUGAAGCUAGUUUUUCCUCUUUCAUGUUUUACCAUGCCAGUGAGCAGUAGUGGGUCUCGACAAAAAACUACUAAAAACUUUGUUCAAAAUACAUUAAAAAGAGGGGCGGGAAAAAGUCCAGGAUAAUGGAAAGAGCAUUGAGGUGAUGAGCUCAAUGGAUAUAUGAGCAGAUAAAUGCUUCCGAGUGUCCACGUUAUUGCAUCGCGCCCAGAGCAGAGUUUGCAAAUCUCAGGACGGGCGGGGAAAAUGCAAGCUCCUACAGCCAGCCCUUUAAAAAUGAUACAGCUUCUUUCUGCAGUAUUAGUUUUUUCCUUCUUUCUUUACAACUUGAAGCA